AUGAGUAUGUCAGUGUCAGUCAGACAAUUGAAUUUUUUCUAAUUUUUUUUAUAUUUACAAAAGAAAUUAUAUAGUUAAUAGAAAUUUGGUAUAAAUUGGAUAAAGAAUUAUUUAAAAUAUGGCUCGAAAUGUAGUAGAAGCUGCUAAAAAGUUUUUAUUGUUAGGCCAAUGUGUGCCUACUGUUAAACAAAAUGCUGCUAAAAUCAGAGUGAAGAGGUUAGAAUUGGAUGAAAAUUUACUAAUGUACUUCAGAAAGGAUGAAUUUUAUUACUGUCACGAUCCUGAUAAAAAAUGUAAAACUGGAGACAUUGUACUUAUACAGGCACUACCACAGAAGCUGACAAAACUCAUAACACACGAGGUAAAGGAAGUAGUUUACCCAUUAGGUGACGUUACUGAUCCAGUUUCUGGUAAAAAAGUGGCAAAAGAGAGGUACAGAGAAGAUAUUGAAAGAGAAGCAGAGUUAUAUGGAAAAACUAAAUCCACAUUUGAUUUCACCAAAGCACCUCCAAGAGGUUGGCAAGAUGGCAAAAAAGAUUUCACUUCUAAACCAACAUACACCAAAUUUCAUGUUUUUGAUGAAAAUGACCCUUAUGCUAUAUAAUUUAUUUAUAUUAGUUGUAGUUUAGUUGGUACAUUGUAUAAGGUUAAUAUAAACAGAUAUAUAU